GUAACGGGACGCUCGUCUCGUUACGUUUCGCGUUUAACCCUUACACGUUACAAACCUCCAAAAAUAACUUCUUAGUGCGGGCUUCAAAAUUAAUAUCGAAAUUUUCAGAUUGAGCAUACUAAUUGAGAUUUCCGUGGUGUUUUCAAUUAGUUGGGCAUAAUGACAAGAACGACGCCAGAUGCUCUAUCUAGCAUGAACCAAUUUAACAACGCGACGACCCCAACAGCAAGUAAUAUGAUAACAGUUGCCAAAUCAACGCACAGUAAUAAACGCCCGCCCAUCAUCAUUUACCCCACUGUGUCACCCGAGUCAAUUGUCAUACCGAUCGUGUCCUGCAUUUUCGGCUUCCCAUUAUUGGCUCUGACCGUUAUUUGCUGUUUGCGACGAAGGGCGAAAUUAGCGAGGGAACGCGCAAGACGCCGCAACUGCGAAUUGGAUCGCGGUGAGUUAUCUGUGGUGAGAAUGUCUCCGAUGAAGAAUAGACAACGAGCGGUCAGUCUCGUCCGCUCACCGCGGCCGCUUCCCUCCCUCGAAUUGGACACAGUCCUGGAAGAACGCUCAGAUCCAGAACAAACUACGCUUUCACAGGUGGAAAUAACCCCAGACAAGGAAGUGGGUUCAAUACUCUUCGGAGCCAUUGGGGCAGUAGGAGCAGCAGCGGUUACUGCGGCCGCCUGCGCUGGCGACAGCUAGCGGCGUGGCUCGGCGCAACCCGGCGCGCGGUCCCCGCUCUGGGCAGCGCUGACCAGCCAACCACUAGAUGACGAAAUCGACGACGUCACCGAUGACGUCACGGACAGCUAGCAGUUGGACGACCGCUCCAUCACAGACAUCGGGGAGCGUAUGAAACUGUUCUUGGACAUACCGUUGAGAUUUUAGUGAUGACCGUUUAUAUAUAGUGGUUAACAGAUGUGGUUAAAAUCAAUGGUACAAUAUAAUAUCAUGCCAUUUGGAGUUGAGUAAACAACAUUAGUUUGUAAUACUACUGUUAAAACUACAGGACAUAUCGACAAAUUCUUAAAUAAAUUGAUCUGGACAACCCUCAACCAUUUACUUUAUUAAGUAUUCUGAUGGGUGUCUCAUGCUUCAGUGAAUACGGAACUCUAUUUUUUAAUUAUAUAUACCUCACUGAGUGUUCUGAAUAAUUUAAUUAAUACCCAAAAUGUUAUUUAUUCCAAUGCACAGAGUGUCAGGAACGAAACAUAAAUGUGUAAUGCAAAUGCUAGGCCAUUACUCGGUUACUCUUAACAGAAUUCUAAUUUUAAAAAUCAGCUCUACUAAGGUAUGGACCAUAAGGCAAAACUGCUAAGUAAUCUGUCAUAAACUGCCGAUUCAGAAAUUAUAAAUGACGUCAUCUAUCCACGAAACCUAGAUAAAGAAUCGGGAACGGAAUCACUUUCGAAGUCAUGAGGUUGAGUCAAUGGUGGAAUUAAAUGGGGAAUACGUUUGGGUAUUUGGCGGAAAGUCGAUCACAGAGGAAUCAGGCUUAUAAAAUGGUUAAAGUCAAAGUUGCGCGGCUUCUCGACCUAAGUUAUAACAUUUCACAACAAUGAAAACAUAUUGUAUCUCGAAAAAAUUGUUGAUUAUAAUUAUUUAAAUUUGUUAGGCAGACUUCUCAACACUUAGCUAGAUCAAUCAUUUCUUACUAAAUUGCUAUAUUAUAAUUGUAUAUAAGUAGUAAUUUAAGUCGCAGAAAAAGUAAAUCUGUCUCUUAGACUGUUUUAUGGUUACAACGUUUUGUCUGGGCUUUAGAUGUCUGUAACUAUUUUAUGAUGAAAUGUGUUUUUCUAAUAGGAAAGUAGGUUAUUAAAUUUCGACACACGCCGUCGACAUUUUCGAUCUAAGGCAUAACGGUCUCUUCCCGCUGUUUUUCAGAAUCCAGAAUCAUCUAAAGGCCAGAAUUCGAACCUACAACCUCAUGAUGAGAUGAGAGUCUCAUGAGAUUGAGGACUGUCCAACACUGCACGUACAUAACAAGGUACAUAAAUCCUUGCUUUAUUGGUCGUUAAUACAAACUAAUGUUGUUUAUAAAAAUACUAUAAUAUAAGCAUUGGCGUAGCAAAGGGGAGGGGGCGGUCCGCACCGGGUAUCAUCUAUUUUGGGGUGACACCCACCCGGUCUCUCAACUUGAGGAACAAUGUACAAACAAACAAAAAAUCGCUAGCACAAAAAUUUCUUUUUCAGGGAUUCCUCCAUUAGCACUAACUCAGGUCUAUGUACAAUUCGAUGAUUCCCGCAAAAGAGCCUGACACUGACGUGGGGGAUUCCCCGUCCCAUACUCGCGAUCCUUUAAUAAAUGAUACAUCUCCUUUAUCAUACAAAAUGUAUUACUAGUUACUUUCGAUGGGGUGACACCACCAACUUCCACAACGGGUGCCACCCAAUGCAGCUGCACCAAUAAAUAUAAGAAUUUAAUUACUCGGAGAAAGUCGAAAUUACCAUCAGUACGUCUUUACUGGACGGUUAUGUUAAAGUUUAAUUAUGAAAGACGUUUUAAGAGAUUAUGAGAAAAGUAUAAGCUAAGCUAUUUACCAUUUAUGUAUUUAAAAUUGGCAUCAUAUCAAACAUUGUUACAAUGUAAUUAGUUCUACGUUACAACAGCCUGUAUUCCAAAACGUAUCUCAUGUAACAACAACAGUUUUUAAUGCCAACAAUAAUAUAUAGAGUCAUUUUUUUACAGCUUUUUAACCUAUUUUCUAGAUUUACGUUUUGAAUUACGGGUAAUGUAAUUUAUUACUACUUGUAUACAGUAGCAUUUUAGAAUCAACAAAACUGAGCUUCUUAUGU